GAGUAAAGUUAAACAUAAAGUUUAAACCCAAAAUGUUACGAAAAUUUAGUUACUAUUUAACCACUGGUAGUGGUAAAUUGAGUAGCACAACCAACGUAGACAGAAUUGUUAAACUUUAGGUAAGACGUAAGAACUAACAAAAAUAAUGUCAUAACCAGCAUAAUUAUUUCGCCAAAUUUAAUAGUUGAUAAAUUUGAACAAUUUUAAUGAACUUUAAAGUGUAGACCUAACUGUUUUAAAAACAGUAUUUUCUUUACUGUUUACAAAAAUAAAAUAAAAACGUGUUUAAAUUUGUGGAAUGACAGUGUCAAAUAACGGUUGGAGACGGCAUGAAUGGAUAAUGAAGAAAAACUUUAAUAUAAGUUUAACAUAACAGCAAAUGCACAACGUUUCGACAAGGUUUUGUCAUCAUCAGUGUCAAAGUAUAGGCAGAGAGAAAACAAGGAAUGGAUGCUUUUAAAAAAGGAUGGUUCUCUGAAACUGGUUUAGAUUGCUCAGACCAGACAGUGGUGUCUUACAAUGUUGAGAAGAUCCUAUAUCAUGGAAGAUCAGAUUAUCAAGACAUUCUUGUGUUUGAAAAUAAAUUUUUUGGAAGAGUUCUGGUUUUGGAUAAUGCCAUACAGUGCUCAGAAAAAGAUGAAAGUGCUUAUCAGGAGAUGAUCACCUUUCUUCCAUUAAACUCUCAUCCUAAUCCCAAAAAGGUGUUAGUGAUUGGAGGAGGAGACGGAGGUGUGGUAAGAGAAGUUGUUAAACAUCCUAGUGUUGAGACUGUUGUCCUCUGUGAGAUAGAUGAGAAAGUGAUUGAGAUUUCAAAGGAGUACCUUCCUUUUAUGGCAGAAGGUUUAAAUAGUCCGAAGCUAGUUCAGUACAUAAUGGAUGGAGCCGAAUUCAUGAAAAGCCAUCAGAAAGAAUUUGAUGUCGUUAUUACCGAUUCUCCUGACCCAAAUGGACCAGCUGUGAGCUUGUUUAAAAAAACGUACUAUGAAGCCGUGAAAGAAGCACUCAAACCUGGAGGUAUUCUGUGUUCUCAGGCCGAGUCUUUCUGGUAUGACUUGAAACUAAUACAAGAGAUGACGAAGAUGGUUUAUGAUAUUUAUCCAGUUGUUGAAUAUGCUUCAGUUUAUAUUCCAAGCUAUGUCGGUGGGCAGAUUGGCUUUCUCCUGUGUAGUACUGACCCUGAAAUUAACUUUCGAAGACCCAAGCACAUAAUGUCAUCUAAAGAACUGCUGUCCUGUAAUCUGAAGUACUACACUCCAGAAAUUCAUGAAGCUUCCUUUGUGUUGCCAGGAUUUGUGAAAAAGAAAUUGUUUGGGACCAGUUAACAUGGAAUCGAAUCUGAUCUUAUCCGUCCGCGCGGAGCCGGAAUGUGAACCAACUGGUCUGAAAUAGAGUCAUAAUCAGAAUUUCUGUUGUUUUUUAACAUAGUUUUUAGAAUUGAAAUGUAUUAAGUUUGCUAUAUAUAUUAUUUUUCUGUGCAUUUUGAACACCUAAAGAGCCACACAUGGUAAAGUAAGUGUUGCGCUGAUGAGUGCACUUUACCAACUGUAGUGCUUCUAUUUUAUAGUGAGGUUAAAAAAUGUUCUAGUUCACUUGUUAUGGUCAGUUAAAUACUAAUCUAUAGCAAAUAACAUUUUGGAAAUUUAUUUAUAAGUCCUUCUCAGAUUAUGAGAAAAGUCCUAAGUAUGAGUGGCAUUUUGGGGUCCUGUUUGACUAUUUUGUUAAGAACACUGUUUAUUAAUAUCCAACUUUGAACAUUUUGAUUUUGUAGUCACUAACUGAAAGAUUUGUGGUGUUUGUGUGAUUCAUUGGAUGAGUUUUUGUUAAGUUUGCUUUGAAUUGCAAGCCAGUUCUCUAAGCAACAUCUGUUUAUACAUAUGUCAUGCUCGACGGUACUUCACCCUCUUAAUGGUUCAGGGUUGGAUCACGGCAGGCAUGGGUAUCCGUGUGAUGUAUGCUGAGCUCUUCAGUAAGUAACACAAAUGAAGGUGAACCUGUUAAAUAAAAAAACAUUAGUUACUCUGUUAAUAAACAAGUUUUUAUUCUUGUUUAUUCUCACUCAAACUCGAUAUAGUUCUAAGAAUGUUUGUUUUUAUAUGAAAAAAAAAAAACAUAAAUAUUAUUCGAAUCGAAACUUUUCAUUCCUGCUUCAUAAUUGUGUUGCCACAGUGACCCCUAAAAUAUGCUAGAACUGCCAUCUGUAAAAUAAAUCUUAAAUGAGACAUACUUUUUCCCCAUAUCUGGAAAGUUAGUUUUGAAAAUUUCACAUGAUUCCAUAUUAAAAAAAACAUGGAAAAAAAAUGUAAUGCUUUGGCUGUUUUGGAAUAAUAAGCCUGACUUUGUAGCUCAACUUUUUUCUUAAAACAUAAGAUCUGUUGCUUACAUUUUCUUAUAGUUUUGUUUGUUUCUCAUGAUAUUUUUAUGAUUGAACAAAGCUGUAGACACCAUUUCAUUUGAACGUGAUGAUUAGACUUGGUAAAUUAUGUCCAGUUAGAAUUAACUGGAUGUUUUAAGAUUUUGGAAUUGAGAGCAAAUCGAAUACAAAAGUCGAUGAGAAGUUUUUCUAUACUGAUUGGAGUUUUGGUAUACACAAACAGAACGUUAAUGUGGUUUUCAAUAUGUUCAAGUUAUUCCUUGGCAAAGUUAUGAUGAUAUGAUCUAGCCAGCUUUAUAAAGAACCUGUGUGCUAGAAUUUUAGGGUUUUAUCAUUUUUUGUUGGUUUAAUUUUAAAAUAAGUUAUUAAUACAAGAAUUUUUUUUGAAGUUUCUAACAGUACUCUCAGGUAAUAGGGUCCAUUACAUUAAACUUAUCAAAAUAUUUCCAUACAGAAUCACUAUUAGUACUUUAUCAGUGAAACAAAUAUUUCAUCAUCUUUUUCUACAUCAUCUUUUUUGCCAUUUUUGUAAAGAGCAUCAUCUCUCACUUUUAUAUCUUAAGAUAUGUAUAAUAUUGAACAAGAAUUAUUAAAAUUGUGGCUUUUUAGUUUCUUAACUGGAAAAUUGAUAAACAUUUGACCUUUAGCUUCCAAGUUUUUAACAUGUAGACAAAAAGGAACCAUUUGGUCUUUCAAGGCUGUUUGCUCACACACCUUUGACUAAAACAAAUAAACCCACUCUUUAUCUUUUAAGCUAGUGUGAAAUGCCAACCUCCACUAUUGCUGAUUAUUCCAAAAGUCAAUAAUAAAAAUGGUUACAAAAUGUUUAUCUUUUUCACAAUUUACUACUGUCUUAGUUAACCAGCAAAUUCAUCUAUACCUAGAGGUUUUUGUUGGUCUUUCUACAGUCUAAUAGGGAACGUACUUCGAUUUUUAAGCCUUUACAGCAGAUAUAUGAAAUAAUUCAGAAACAGUUUUUGUUUUUCUUAAAUUAUCAAAAUGUUGUAUGUAUUUUACGAGCAUUAAUUUUUUUAUUCCAAAUGCCAUUUUCAACAUGUUUUACUUACUACCUCUGUACAUUUUAAAUAAGCUUGUAUGGUAUGGAGAAAUAUGAGAAGUGUGAAAAAUAUUUGAAAUAUUUCCAUGACUAUUACUGAAUAGAAUGAAGGUAGGACCUAGGAAGUCCUGUUUUGUUCUUUCAAUAUCUACCUGUAGUUUCAGUGAAGGUAAUCAUAAGGACAAAAUGAUGUUGAUGUAACUCUUUUAUUAUAACACAGCAGGAGCAGAAUUGGUCGUAAAUCUGAUAUUACAUAAGACUAAUAUUUUAAUUCCAUAUUUGUUUUACUGGAACAUGUUUUCAGUAAGAAGAGUGUAUGAUAACAUUGCCUUCUCUGCACUACUACUAAUAAAAUCUUUUGUUAUGAACCAGAACUCGUUGGCUCAUCUGGGUUAGAGUUUACUAAGCUAUUGGUGAAAUACCACCUGUAUCCGUCAUUUCGUACAUGCACCAAGUUAAUUUAUUGCACCUAUAGUUAGAAUGGGUAAUUAUAUGAAAUAAUAAAUUGAAGUAGAUUAUUUUAUAUUUAACAUUUUGUGUAGAACCUGUAUUUUGGGAACUUUUAGAAGUAGAUGUAUUCUGCAAGAUUUGAGAGCGAAGUGACAAGUUUCAGGAAGUUCUUCACUACGUUGCUUAUUAAAUCCAACUUAUUUAUUACAUUGUCAAGUCUGUUACAGUUUAAAAUCACCAGAGGAAGGGCGUCCCAGCCCGAAAUAUUGUGAAUAUUAAAACAUCUGUUUCGCAUUUAGCCAUUUUUCACGAUAUAAGUUUUUUUCCAUUUUUUUUGUUUUCGGUUUCAUCGUACCACAGCAGUUUUUUUAGCUGUUUUAUGAGUGUUUGUGGUAUUAAAAUUUGAUUUUCUGCUUGUCAAUUCCCUUUCUCAAUUUGAAAGCUUCUGCUCUAAAAGAUAAUGUAUCUUAUAUUUCUACUGUUGCAAUUUGGUAUUGUAGUGUGUCGUUAAGAAUACGGAAAAAGCUAUUUUCAUUGGGCUUUACAAAUCCGCCGUUCUUAUGGGAAUAUAAACUUAAUUUCUUGGUUAGUUCAUAUUCAUGUCAGUAUGAUCAAGAUGUUUUCAAUGCUUAUGCAACAGACUGGUUAUCGUAUCAACGUAAACUUAUUCGCAGUCUAAUCAGAUCCCACUGGAACAGGCCCAACCCUACCUCCGUUUCAGUCUUUUCAAUCUGAAAUCUAGUUCCUGAUUCUAUUGUUAACAGACUUGAGCUUUCCCUCUUUGAUUUGUUUUAUUAUUUUGUAAAACAUAUCUUGGUGGACUUCCAUAAUCAUUUCACAAAAUCCUUAUAACCAAAUGUUGGGUGUCCUCUCUCUCUCUCUCUCUGUAUAUAUAUAUACGUAUAACAGAAGCAUUGGUGUGUGCAGUAUAAAGUCUUGGCUUUAUUAAAAUAUCUUUGCCUGCCAUCUACAUAAACAUGUUUGUAAAGUAUUCCCGUGUUGAGAAAGGGUUAGCUUUCCUUUAAGUUUGACCAUUUUCUGGCUGUUUUGUUGUCGAACUAUGAAGCAUUUAUAAAUUAUCAAAUGAACCAUAUUUUGAUUAAUUCCUCAAAAUGUUAUACUUUUUUAAGUUCUUAUUAGCAUUAGUUUUUCAUUCUCUCUCAGUAUUUUACUGUCAGAAAAAGAAAUGUUUAAAAAUAAUACGAUAAUUAAAUCUUAAAAUACAAUGUUACAACAUAUGUGUUUCUUGCCAGUAUAGCAAUAGCUACAUAUGAUUUUGCAAUUUUUAAAGAAAAUUGCUGGUUUACGAUUUUGUUGUUUUCAGGGAUCAUGUGGAAAUCUGUUGUAUUUUAUUAUACAUAGUUCCAACCAUUUCACAACCAAUUUAAAAAAAAAAAGCACGUGUAAAUGUUUAUAUCUAUUUCUAAGAUAGAAAUAUUUUUUACCUUCAUUAAGAAAUAUCUUAAUGAAGAAAUUAUAUGCUUGUAUUCAAGUUUUGGGUGAAUUUGGCCUGAUAUUAGUUAAUAGAAUAUUUUGUAAUUGCUGUGCAAAAUAUAAUAAACAUUGUUUGAAAAGUGA